AUGGAGCAGUCGCUGGCUGAUAGCGGGCCGAUGGUGUCGGCGGCGGAGCAGUGCUGUCGUCGAGAUGGUGCGACGGUAUAUCUCGGCGUGUUCCGAGUGAGAUUAGAGAGAGUGUCGCGUUGCUCGGCCGACGGCCCGGAGCCUGGCCGCGGCCAGGGCCUGGGCGCGCCAUGGACGCCGCCGCCGAUCCGCUGCGAGCGGUCAGGCCCGUCACGGCCUCCGCGACGUUGCGCCAUUUCGAGCGUUCGGAUCGUCCGUGAGAGUGAGCCGAGGCGAGGGCACGGCGACGUCGCAGCGGCAGGGCGGCAGGGCGCCGUCGCCGAUAGCCAUCUCGUAGCGCGGCGGCCGAGCGUGACCGCACCGCCACCGCCUUGCGAGCGAGCCUUUCAAGUCCCCUUAUAUCUCAUACGAAUCGCCGCAGACUUCAUCUUAAAUGAGAAUCGUGUUUACAAUUUUCGCGAGUCAUACGGUACCUGUCCCGCCUCCCUUUGUGCGAGGACAACACGAGAGGGCCUAGGCUGA